GAGAAGGCCGCCCCUCGCGCCGGGGGCUCCAGUGGAGGGGAUGGAGGUGGCAGUCAUCAUAAAGUGUCCGUUUCUCCUGUUGUCCAUGUCAGAGGGCUUUGUGAAUCAGUUGUUGAGGCAGACCUUGUGGAGGCUCUUGAAAAAUUUGGAACAAUAUGUUAUGUCAUGAUGAUGCCAUUCAAACGGCAGGCUUUGGUAGAAUUUGAGGAUAUUGAAAGUUCCAAGAAAUGUGUGACAUUUGCAGCAGAUGAGCCAGUAUACAUAGCUGGGCAACAGGCAUUUUUCAAUUACUCUACAAGCAAAAGAAUUACUCGUCCAGGAAAUACAGAUGAUCCCUCUGGAGGGAAUAAAGUUCUGCUCUUGUCAAUCCAGAAUCCUCUAUAUCCAAUUACAGUGGAUGUCUUAUAUACAGUGUGCAAUCCUGUUGGAAAAGUGCAACGCAUUGUCAUAUUCAAGAGGAAUGGAAUACAAGCCAUGGUUGAAUUUGAAUCAGUUCUUUGUGCCCAGAAGGCAAAAGCAGCCCUGAAUGGAGCAGAUAUAUAUGCUGGGUGCUGUACAUUAAAAAUUGAAUAUGCAAGGCCAACUCGACUGAACGUCACUCAAAACGACAAUGAUAGCUGGGACUAUACUAAACCAUAUCUGGGGAGGCGAGACAGAGGGAAAGGCCGACAGAGGCAAGCUAUUUUGGGAGAGCAUCCCUCAUCAUUUCGGCAUGAUGGCUAUGGAACACAUGGACCUCUGUUGCCAUUGCCAAGCCGAUACCGAAUGGCAUCUCGAGACACUCCGGAGCUUGUUGCUUACCCGCUUCCACAAGCCUCCUCCUCUUACAUGCAUGGAGGGAACCCCUCAGGUUCUGUGGUGAUGGUUAGUGGAUUGCAUCCCCAAAAGAUGAACUGCUCAAGAGUUUUCAACUUAUUCUGCUUGUAUGGAAAUAUUGAAAAGGUGAAGUUUAUGAAGACUAUUCCAGGCACUGCAUUAGUGGAAAUGGGUGAUGAAUAUGCUGUUGAAAGAGCAGUCACACAUCUUAAUAAUGUCAAAUUAUUUGGGAAAAGGCUUAAUGUUUGUGUGUCCAAACAACAUUCAGUUGUUCCUAGUCAAAUAUUUGAACUGGAGGAUGGAACAAGCAGCUAUAAAGACUUUGUAAUGAGCAAAAACAAUCGCUUUACUAGUGCUGGUCAAGCAUCCAAGAAUAUCAUCCAGCCACCAUCUUGCGUAUUGCAUUAUUAUAAUGUACCAUUGUGUGUGACUGAGGAGACUUUUGUAAAGCUGUGUGAUGAUCAUGAAGUGCUGUCUUUUAUCAAAUACAAAGUAUUUGACCCAAAACCUUCAGCUAAAACACUUUCUGGUCUGUUGGAGUGGGAAUGCAAGACAGAUGCAGUGGAAGCUCUUACAGUACUCAAUCACUACCAGAUAAGAGUCCCCAAUGGCUCUAACCCAUAUACCUUGAAACUCUGUUUCUCUACUUCUUCCCAUUUGUAGAGCAGAAGGAUACCACAUUAAGAGUUCUUCUGUCUUUGUUCCCAAAAUUCAUACAUUAUUUCCAGGAUCUAAACUACUUGCUCAGUUUCCUUUUCUCAAUCUAACCUGUCUGUUUUGUUUUAUAAUAAAUGAAUGUGUUUCAAUGCCAUCUUUUUUUCUUUUGCCUCCAAAAAGUAGGUGUCUUGAGUCUGUUAUGUAGAACUUGUUUCCUUGUGUAACUGUUAUCUACAGGUGUGUGAAUUGCCUUGUGGGUAGCAUGUGCAAAUGAAAAUGUACACAGUUCCAGACCUUAAACCACAGCUUCCAUACAAUGGUGAAAUGCACACUUCCAUUUACAAUGGGAAUUUUCCACUUAGACUCCAGAGGCAAACAGGAUUAUUAUACUGGAAUAGUAUAAGGUAUAAAAUUCCUAGUUUCUACUCUUUAUUAAAUUGUAUUUGUUGCAACAAUUCUAAGAAAGAGGAGUAUUUAGAAAAUUUUGUCCAAUUACAACACUUACGAAAUGGUAUAUGACUUUAAAAUAAUUUUCACAGAAGAAAAGUUAAUGCUUUUUUCCAGAAUAGAUUAAAACUUAUUUUAAAUAAUGUCUUUACAGAUGAUUUUUUCACUUAUAUUAGCAUGUCUUUAUUGCUAAGUCUAGCCUGGAAGCUUCUGGUAAACGUAAUAAACCCUCAAGACUGUGUGACUCAA